AUGGGACUUGACCAGCAGCUGGCUCGGACAUACUACAGAACCCUGUUUCCCAUAGACCUCAUGUUCAAAUGCCUCCGAAUAGAUGAGAACCGUGAGGUCUCUUUCGGAUUGGCAUCUGGCGGAUACAUCCGGUUUCUGACAUUCAGGACGGCUGAUGAAUUCAGAAAGAAGUUGUUGGGGAUUGUUCCUGAGAGAAUUGAUGUUGGAGCCAUCUACAGAGAUAGGCCUACAAAGCAUAAUGCUCCAAAGAUUGUUGGAAAGGAAUUAGUUUUUGAUGUUGACCUAACCGACUACCCCAGGGAAUGCUGCUCGAAAAAGCUUAUAUGCAACAAAUGUCUGGUGCUGAUAAAGGUAGCUGUGAAGAUCCUUGAUUAUUCAUUGAAACAAGAGCUUGGGUUCAAGAAUGUAGGAUUUGUGUUUUCGGGAAGACGGGGAGUACACUGCUGGGUGUUUGAUGAUACAGCUCUUGAGUUGAGUGAUAUUGAAAGAGGAGAGAUAGUGAGAUAUUAUGAUUGUGUGGCUAAAAGAAAGAUGUAUUCUGAGGAAUACAGUAAGAUAUUGAGGGAGUAUUCUCCUUUUUUCGAAAGUGAGGGACUGGAAGAGUCUGUACUGUUUGAAAGAAUGUACAUAAGAAUUGAUAAGGAAGUGACUCAGAAGAGUAAGCACCUUAUAAAGAUGCCGUUUUCUGUACAUCCAAGCACAGAGAUCAUCUCUGUUCCCAUUGAUCCUUCAGACUUGGACUCCGUAAAGUUAGAGGAUUUUCCAAGGUUAAAGGAUGUUCUAGAAUCACCGGAACGGCUUGAUCCAUACCUUGAUGUUGCGAGAAGUUGGAGAAAUUAG